AUGUCGGAUUCACCUGCGCCACCUGCAUCGGCAGAAUCAGCACAAAGUCAAAGUAGAUUUCAAGUGGAUCCGGUGGCAGAGGCAGCAGCCGCAGCUGCGAGUGGGGCACCCAUAGCUGGAGCUAUUCAAGUGCCACCCGGCACAAAAUCAGCAAUGACCCCAGCCAAACCAACCGAGGCCACGACAGGAAGUGAGGAAGCCAAAGGUAGAUUUCGUGUGGUAAACUUUGCAGGUCCGUGUGGAGGUGUAAGCCCAGCAGACGGAUCAUCAGAAUUUGCACAGAACAGUGAAACAGUAAGGAGCGAAGCCAGUUUGCAUUCCUCUACUGGAGGUCUCACACAUUUUUCUGACACUCACUCCAGUACCUAUUACCUGAGAACAUUUGGCCACAACACUAUUGAUGCGGUGCCAAACAUCGAUUUCUACCGACAAUCCGCAGCGCCUCUUGGAGAGAAGCUUGUCCGACCAACACUGUCGGAGCUUCACGAUGAGCUUGACAAGGAGCCAUUUGAAGAUGGCUUUGCUAAUGGGGAGGAGCCAACAGCUGGUGAAGAAGCUUUGGUUAAAGACAUGUCAGAGUCAAAGGGCAUGGUGAAGUUCGGCUGGAUCAAAGGUGUCUUGGUGCGAUGCAUGCUGAACAUUUGGGGAGUGAUGUUGUUUAUCCGAAUGUCAUGGAUUGUAGGCCAAGCUGGGAUUGCUCUCUCAUGUGCAAUUAUUGCUAUGGCAGUAGUUGUAACCACCAUCACUGGACUUUCCACUUCAGCAAUUGCAACCAAUGGUUUCGUGAAAGGAGGUGGAGCAUACUAUUUGAUAUCCAGGAGUUUGGGUCCUGAAUUUGGUGGAUCCAUUGGUCUAAUUUUUGCCUUUGCUAACGCUGUUGCUGUUGCCAUGUACGUUGUGGGUUUUGCAGAAACAGUUGUGGAGCUUCUAGAUAGCGUGGAUGCCCUUAUGACAGACGAAAUUAACGACAUUCGUAUUGUCGGCACCCUCACAGUCAUUUUACUUUUGGGGAUCUCUGUGGCAGGAAUGGAGUGGGAGGCUAAGGCCCAGAUUGUGUUACUUGUCAUUCUGCUGGCGGCUAUCCUCAACUACUUCAUUGGGUCAUUUGUACCAAUGGACUUUAAGGAGCCCAUGGGUUUUUUUGGCUACAAAGCUGCGAUACUGAUAGAAAACAUGGGACCAGACUUCAGAGAUGGUGAGACGUUCUUCUCCGUGUUUGCCAUCUUCUUUCCUGCUGCAACUGGCAUUUUGGCAGGAGCCAACAUCUCAGGCGACUUAUCGGACCCACAGUUGGCAAUUCCAAAAGGAACUCUUUUGGCCAUCCUGAUAACUGGCAUUGUUUAUGUAGCGGUAGCAAUUUCAUCGGGAGCUUCCAUACUACGAGAUGCAACAGGAGAUAACAAUGAUACCAUCAUUGGCUCACUGGAGAACUGUACAGAUGCUGCCUGUACUCUGGGUUAUGAUUUCUCCAUCUGCCAGGAGGGUGGCUGCAAAUUUGGGCUCCAGAAUGACUUUCAGGUCAUGAGCAUGGUGUCACUCUUUGGUCCUCUUAUCACUGCUGGUAUUUUCUCUGCAACAUUAUCAUCUGCUCUUGCCUCCUUAGUCAGUGCCCCCAAAGUGUUCCAGGCUUUGUGCAAGGAUAACAUCUAUCCUGGUAUUGGUGUGUUUGCCAAAGGUUAUGGGAAAAACAACGAACCUCUUCGCGGCUAUGUUCUUACUUUCUGCAUUGCUCUUGCCUUCAUUCUGAUUGCGGAGCUAAACGUGAUUGCUCCCAUCAUUUCAAACUUCUUCCUAGCCUCCUAUGCCUUAAUCAAUUUCUCUGUCUUCCAUGCCUCGUUGGCGAACUCUCCAGGAUGGCGUCCAAGUUUUAAAUAUUACAAUAAAUGGGUUUCGUUGGCUGGAGCUGUGUUGUGCUGUGUGGUCAUGUUUGUCAUCAACUGGUGGGCUGCCCUCGUAACAAACGUAAUUGUCAUGGCACUUUACAUAUAUGUCAGCUACAAGAAACCAGAUGUAAACUGGGGCUCAUCCACUCAAGCACUAAUGUACAACCAAGCCUUGUCUCACUGCCUACACCUCACUGGAGUGGAAGACCACAUCAAGAACUUCAGACCACAGUGCCUUGUGAUGAGUGGGUAUCCCAAUGCCAGACCUGCACUGAUUCACUUAGUGCAUGCUUUCACAAAGAAUGUGGGCUUGAUGGUCUGUGGACACGUCCGAACGGGUUCCCGAAAGCCAAGCUACAAGGACAUGAUGAAUGAUCAAAUUCGGUACCAGCGCUGGCUUCUGAAAAAGCACAUCAAGGCCUUUUACACACCAGUGUAUGCAGAGGACCUAAGGCAGGGAGCCCAGUACCUGCUGCAGGCAACAGGUUUGGGUCGUUUGAAACCUAAUACACUAGUGUUUGGUUUCAAGAACAACUGGCAGGACUGGGAUAUGAAAGAUGUGGAAACAUACAUCAACACUAUACAUGAUGCCUUUGACCUACAGUAUGGUACAGUUCUCAUCAGGCUGAAGGAGGGACUUGAUAUAUCCCAUAUCCAAGGCCAAGAUGAAUUUUUGUCAUCCCAUGAGAAAACUCCAGGGACAAAGGACAUUUUGUUGUCUAUCAACACAGGCAAGGACUCUGACAGUGAUACCUCAAAACCAUCAUCUAAAGCUGCAAGUUUUCAAAGCAGUCCAGUCAUUCACAGAGAUGUCAAAAGUUUUCCUGUGCAGCUAAGCAUAGCUGAUGAGAAGCUUCUGGCAGCCAGUCAGCAAUUCAAGAAGAAACAGUGCAAAGGAACCAUAGAUGUUUGGUGGCUAUUUGAUGAUGGAGGGUUAACUCUACUGAUACCAUAUUUGCUGACCAACAAGAAAAAAUGGAAGGACUGUAAGAUCCGAGUGUUCAUUGGAGGAAAGAUCAACAGGAUUGACCAUGAUCGCAGGGCAAUGGCUGCUCUCCUGAGCAAGUUCCGGAUAGACUUUUCAGACAUCAAUGUACUUGGAGACAUCAACAUAAAACCUAAAAAGCAAAACAAAGAGAAGUUUGAGGAACUGAUUGAACCGUACAGACUUAAAGAAGAAGACAUGGAGCAAGAAGCAGCAGAGAAACUUAAGGCGGAGGAGCCCUGGAGGAUCACAGAUAAUGAGCUGCAACUGUACAGGGCCAAGACAAACCGUCAAAUCAGGUUGAAUGAACUGCUUAAGGAACACUCAAGCACGGCAAAUCUCAUUGUCAUGAGUAUGCCACUUGCCAGGAAAGGAACAGUAUCCAGUGCCCUCUACAUGAGCUGGUUGGACACUUUGUCAAAAGACCUGCCUCCCAUUCUCCUUGUGCGAGGAAACCAUCAAAGUGUUCUCACCUUUUACUCUUAA